AUGUCUGGAGCAGGAAGUGGCGAUGCUACGCUUUUCGAAGAAAGCUUCACCGUGACGGAGUAUGAUCAGUCCAAAUACGACAGAGUCGCCCGCAUAUCAUGCACGUCUAGCGACUCCCAGACCGUCAUGACCCUGGACAUCAACAUUGAGCUAUUCCCAUGCUCCGUGUCCGAUACGCUGCAUGUCGUCCUCACUACCACGCUAUCACCAGACGGCAGCAAGGAGGACGACAAGGGCUGGCGAGACGUUGGCAAGGCUGGCGAUGCCCCAGCAACUCUUGCCGAUCUGUACGACUAUGUGUGCUAUGGAAAAAUUUACAAAUUCGAGGAGACGUUUGAUGGCAACACCAUUAACGCUUACGUCUCAUUCGGCGGAUUGCUCAUGGCCCUGCAAGGCCCGGUUAAGAAGUUGACACCACUGCGAGUUGACAACGUUUAUUUGUUGGUUAAGCGGUAA